ACAGUGGAGGCAGGAAUGGCGGCUAAGAUUACUAGAGGAAGGAGCCCAAAGACCAUGAAACUUUACUUCUAACGGCCCCGCAGAGGAAUUUGUCUCCAGCGAAACGCAGAAGCACCACCCCACUACGGAUUAAAGGGAGAAGAAGUGCUAUAACGUGAGAUAAUCGCGACAUAUGUCCAGGCUGAAGAGGUGGACGCACUUUGCUAGUUAGCUUACCGUUAGUGCCACUGACUUUGAUUCAAGGUAGCUGUUAGCUCGCUGCUGGCCACUUGGCUUGGCUGGCCCAACAAGUUAACUAAGUGAUUAACGGUAUGAAACUAUUCCUUAUUUGAAUAUAUGAGUGUCGAUCCGCUGUCUUUGUCAACAGAGGAGUUUUUACAGAGAGUGGGCUCAGACGACAACAAGUCGACACAGCGCGGUGAGAACAUUAUUACUGCUAACCUAGCUAGUGCAGUAACGCUAGCUAAGUUGGGAUCCUGAAGUCUCGCCCAUUUUUUGGAUCCUGCCCCAGCCAUUGGCUAAAGGCUAAUCAACAGCCAAGUAGUCUGGUUUUCAGGGUCGAUUGGUACUACGAUGGAAAGUCUAACGCUGACUGAUGUCGAGCAGAAAUAUUACUCGGAUUUGUUCGUUUACUGCGACACGGACAACACCAAAAAAGUGGCUUCAAAUGGGAGAGUUCUUGACCUUUUCCGGGCGGCCCAGCUACCCAGCGAAGUUGUCCUGCAGAUCACAGAGCUUUGUGGAGCCACUCGGCUGGGUCACUUCGGGCGGAGCCAGUUCUACAUCGCUCUGAAGCUCAUUGCCAUUGCCCAGUCUGGUCUGCCCCUGAGGGUGGAAAGCCUCAACUCAGUCAAAGACCUGCCGCUGCCCAGGUUUGUGGUCGGGAAGAAUGAGGCAGAGGCGAGGCAUGCAGCUCUGUAUCAGGACACGGAUAGUCAGGGGUUGUAUCCAACCUCUGCCACUGCAGUAAUGCCCAGACCACCAGGCAGGGGUCUCCAGAACAAGAAAGGUCCCCCGACAUCCACUGCACUUCCUGCCCACGAGGUCAUCCAGCCCCUGGCACCCAGCAUAGAACCACAGCCCGAGCCGACGUCCCCGGUGGUCUCCCCUCACCAGUCUCCCCCCACCUCCCCUCACUCGUGGAGGAAACACAAGCGGCAGCCCAGUGGAGGAAACGCAGACAGGCAGCCGGUUGUGGCUCCAACUGGAGCUGUGUGGACGCAGUUCAGAGAACCACAGACAGGCCAAGUGCCUGGUGAUGGCAUGUGGCCGUCCCACUCUCCCCCGCCUCCCGGUCAGGAAAGUUGGGUCAGUUUCACAGCAGACACCCCGCCAUCCAGUGCUAUCCCAGGAAUGCAUCCCUCAUCAGUCCAGGAAAGCACAACGAUACGAACGGUGGCCUCAGCAGCAAUGACCAAUGAGAUCCAGCGACAGUCCAGCGGCUACGACGAUCCGUGGAAGAUCACGGACGAGCAGAGACAGUAUUAUAUCAACCAGUUCAAAACCAUCCAGCCAGACCUCACCGGCUUUAUACCUGGUUCAGCCGCUAAAGAGUUCUUCACCAAAUCAAAACUGCCGAUUUUAGAGUUGUCGCAUAUUUGGGAGUUGUCAGACUUUGAUAAAGACGGAGCGCUGACCCUGGACGAGUUCUGUGCCGCCUUCCACCUCGUUGUGGCCAGGAAGAAUGGCUACGACCUCCCCGAGAAGCUGCCUGAGAGCCUGAUGCCAAAGCUGAUUGACCUGGAUGACUCAGCAGAGGUCCCGGAUCAGACCGCCGAUGUUGGAUACUCGGGCUCCCCGGUGGAGGUCACCCCCAGCAAGUCUCCCUCCAUGCCUUCACUGAAUCAGGCCUGGCCAGAGAUGAACCAGAGCAACGAGCAGUGGGAGACGUUUAGCGAGCGCUCCUCCAGCUCACAAACUCUGACCCAAUUUGACUCUAACAUUGCACCAGCUGACCCUGACACGGCCAUCGUCCACCCAGUCCCCAUUCGGAUGACACCCAGUAAGAUCCACAUGCAGGAGAUGGAGCUGAAGAGGACCGGCAGCGACCACAACCACCCGACCAGUCCACUGCUGGCUAAACCUCCUGAACUGUCUGAAGAUGCCAAAUUACCUGCCUCCAUGAAGUUUGUAGCCGCCAACACUGUGGGUGAUGGUUACAGCAGUUCAGACUCCUUCACCUCAGACCAGGAGCCAAUCACAAGACAAAGGUCUCAGUCGGGAACGUCUCCAGAGGCUCUGAAGGUGGUAGCUCCACCUCCACCUCCGCCCCGCCCCCACCCCUCUCACUCUCGCUCCUCGUCUCUGGACAUGAACCGCACCUUCGCCGCUGCAACUGCUGCAGGACAACCACAAUCUUCUACGAUAGCUUACCCGCCCGCUGUGCCUCCUCGACCGCUACCCACACAGACAUCCGCACCACACACAGGGCAUCGUGUGGAGGCAGAGGGAGCACCAGGAGGCGGAGCGGUUCUCACCACCACCUCACCACAACAGAUUCCCCAGCAGCCCAACUUUGCUGACUUCAGUCAGUUCCAAGCCUUCGCUGCGUCUGAACAGCCCUCCAGCCUGCCAGAGGUCGACAUACACAGUGAGCCUGGACAGGUGGAGAAAUCAUCAGAGGGAGCCGGUCCUCUAAGAACAGUCAAGAGUGACGGCCAAGCAGAUGAGAGAGUCUCAGCCACUGUCAACUCUGCCAAAGUUUCUGGGUCUGGUCCCCUAGCGCCUCCUCCAAAACCAGUGCGCCGAAGGUUGAAAUCUGAAGACGAGCUUCGACCAGAAGACGAGCAACAUGGUCCGCAGAAAUCAAAUGUCAUAGCCGCCGUCCUGGCCACUCAGCCCUCCAUCCCCAGGUCAAUAGGAAAGGACAAAAAGGCAAUUCAAGCUUCAAUCAGAAGAAAUAAGGAGACAAACACAGUAUUGGCACGACUUAAUAGUGAACUGCAGCAACAGCUGAAGGACCUGCUUGAAGAGAGGAUAUCCCUGGAAGUCCAGCUGGAGCAGCUCAGACCUUUCUCUCAUCUUUAACCAACGUGAAGAGGCUGUAGUUCAUCUGAAGCAAGGCUGUGGCCCUCUGUGUGACUUCCCCUCCAUCCCUCCCUCCUCCUUCCACCAUCUCAGCUUUCCCUGCAGGCUCCGACCUGCUGCAGGGUGCUCCGUUAAAACUCUUGCGCUCAAUCACACACAUAUUAACCAUAAACCCAGAAGGACCUGAGAGCACAGUCUUACCAACAGGAGGAGGCGACAGGAGCGCGUGUGUGUGUGUGUUAGGGGGGGAUUUUACAAACUGGCACUUUUCAAUUUUCUCUAAAGAGAGGUGAGGAUGACAGCGGACUGAGAAACGGUUAGGAGUGGAGGACAAGACUUUCCAACUGCGAGUGCCGUCUGAAGACAAACUGCUGGUGUCUGAUUACUCUCUGAAUGACUGAAGAUGAAAGGCGGAGUGUGUUUGUCAUGGGUGGGACUGUUUUUGUGCUCCCGUUAAGUGACUUACUUGAGGCAAGCACCAAUAUGUUUAUUCUCUCUUGGGGUACAGAAACUCCGUCAUACCAAACUCCAGUUAAAAAUCAGGCGAAUUUAAAGAAGCAGCUCACUACUGCGAAAUACCCUUCUUUGCUUUCUUUGUCAGAGUUAGAUGAGAAGUUCUUAAUCAAUUUGAUGUCUGUCAGGUCCAGAGAUAGAGGCUGUGAUUAGUUUAGCUAAGCAUAAAGACUGUAAGCAAGGACAGCUCGCCUGGCUAUGUCCAAACUCCAAAAUACACUUAACAUCACACCUAAAAUGUAAUAAUUAACACAUCUCUCUGGUUUGUUUAAUCUGUGCAAAAACAAAAUAGUAAAAGCAGAAAUCUCUAAUCUUAUGCUAAAGUUACAUCAUCUGACUUCAGCCGUCACUCGAAGAUGAUAUGAUGUCAGGAAGAUGUUAGACUCUUGCGUCAGACAUGCGUUACAUUUUGGUUGGAAUAGAAAUUAGGGUGAUAAUUCUUUAAAUAGUAACCAACAUUAGAAUUUCACGCCGUGUGGACAUUAACAUCAUGAUGUUUUGCAUAUCUUACAACUGAAGUCAGUGAUGAAAAUACAACACCUGGGUGAGCGCACUAAUUUAAGCCCCCCACCAGUGAGAUGCAUUAAUGUGUCACUGCAAAAUACGAUCCGUCUCCGCAUCAUAAAAUCAUCUUAACAUUGUAACUGGCCUCAACCAUGCUUUGUGUAUGUGAUGUCAAAUGUGACACAUCAGUAGAAAAAAACCCAGAAAGACAUGCUCAUCUGCUGCAGAGCUGUGUGUACAGCUCUGGUCUACUAGCAAUGGGAGUCUACAGCCUAUUUUUAGCAGGUUUUCUUGUGUGUAAAAAACCUGCAUGCAUGUGCUCACUUUAGUGGAAAAGGGGCAUAAAUGUAAUUCCAAACAAAAUAGUUAAACAUCAUGUCGGCAUGACACAUGGGAUUUUAAUUUCUCAAGAACACAACUUAAAACCAACAAAAUGAAAUAAUGGCAUUUGUCAUCAGUAUUCUGCAUCAGAUUGACAUUGGCAUUAGAUGUUGUGAUAUUGAAUUCUGGUCACCUGACGUUGCAACCUAAAUUCAACCAAAUAAUAGGAUCUAAUUACAUUGGUGGCCAGCUGGGAAAGCAUGCAAGUGUAUCUUUCCAAUAGCUGAACUGUUCCUUUAAUGGUGUUUUCAUCUAUUGGUUUACCUAUUUUUCUACUGCCUUUAAAACUGGACGACUUGUGAAAAACAGGACUCUUAAAGCACUUUUGUUUUCAGUCUACUUAACAUUUCCCUCCCGAAUGUCACCAUUUGAAAAAUAUACGUUAAAAAAUUGCUUACAAAGACAUGCUAAUACUCGCAUAAGAGCUCUAAAAUACAUGAGAAAACAGGGUUUCCCACACAUUCAUUUAUUUGUGGCUGCCCGUCAUAAUUAAAACAUCUUUCGCCUCAACCACUAUCAAUCAUUGGAGCUGGAACAUUUAUUAGGUGUGCUGUUGAAAUGCAUGUACUGUUUCGCUAUUUGUUGCACCACGGUCUCGGAGCACAGAGUGUACUCUGGGCAAAGAUGGAGCAGCAGAAUGUCAGGCACGUUGAAAGUGAAACUCAACCUUCAUUCUACUGUGUCUGAAAGUUUGCUUUCACUUGCAGCUGCUGCUCCUCUCAUCUUUGGCUCUGAUCAGCUCUUAACAGAUUGACAGAUCAAUUAUCCACCUUGUGAGUCACUGAGGAGUAAAAAAAGAAGCAAUGGAGAGGUCUGCCUGUGCUGCGUCCACAGACCCACAAAAACCUCAGAAUUUAGAGAGGGGACACAGAUAUAAAGGUACACACAUCCAGCCCCCAGUUACGCCCGCACAUACACUCUAAUACUGUGGGAAACACUGGAAUGUCUACAGCAGGAAUUUAUGUCUGCUAUUAAGCUAGGAGCUUAAAAUUGACCUUUUUUGACUGGAGUUUGGUGUGGUUGAUCUUCCUGUAAAACAUACUGUGCUACUUCUGAACAGGACUUUGUGCGUAUGUUUUGUUUAGAGGUCUUUAAAGGCUAAAUCAUCACGGUGAAGGUUUUUUUUUUUAACUCAUCCUGUGACAUGAAUUCAGCCCACCUCUGUCUUCUUACUGCCCCUUGAAGUCUACAUAUAUAUGUGUGUGUUGCGAUGAAUGAAUGUCUAUUUUUUUCUUUAUGUUACACAGUGUUUGGGGUUUGAUGUGAAUGAAUGGUUUAACUUUAUGCCAAAUGACUGAACUAUCACUACUCUCUCACCUCUACUUGGGCUGUGUUUAAGUUUCUUUUGAUUUAUUUUGAAACAUAGCUGUGCGUCAACAUCUCAGCUUUCUUUUCUUGGUUGUGGUAGCUAUUUCCCGUCUUUUUACCUUCACCAGGAUGGGAAACCAUUUAGACGAAAUCGGCUUUCACUGGAACGGUUUGAAGAGGAUCUAGCUGCUUGACUGCAGGAGGCAGCAUUUAUGGAGAACUGCGUUGCGAAUUGUUUUCCGAUCAGCAAACACACACAUGCGGAUCCAAACUUACGGUGCAGAUAGAGUAGGUUUAAAAAAUUCUUUCCAAUUGGGCAGUCGGCACUAUGCAAGUACGGGCGAUACAUCCUCACAGACCAACUAUACUUAGCUGUUUGUACCAUGAUAGUAGCAACUGUGUGAACAGUAUACUCUGGUUUUUGUAUCGUAGAUCUUCCAGAACACCAUCUACUGUAUGUUUGUGAUUCAUUUUGCCUUUUCUUUUGCUGGAGCUUCUCCUGCUCUGUUGGCUCCAGAGGGAAGUCCAGAUCAGUGUUUUAUCAGGGCACUUUUACCCUAAAUCUGUAAGAUGUGACCCUUGCUGGGUGUAGAUGAAGCUUAACAGGACUACAGAUGGAGACCAGUCAACAUAAUGGGAGACCUGAAUGACCCAACUGCACUUUGAACUCAACCCCCCCCUCCCCCUUCUGCCUCCCUCUUUAUUUCUUUUUAUACUUUUUUUUUGUUACAUCCCUCUUUGCUUUCUUUUAAGGUUUGCAUGUUCUUGUCUCUCACAUGUAUUUAAAAAAAAGAUGCUUUAAGAAGAAAAUAAUGAACCACUCAAGUUUUAUUUCUUCAGUUCAACCUUGGAAACUGUAAAGUUUUUGUGCCAGUACCAUAAAAUCUCUUGUCUCGCUUGGUUGAUUUUUUUUUUUAAUUAGAUUUUUUUUAAUGAAUGUUUUGUCCCCAGAGCUUUCUGUGUUUCGCGAAGAAUCUGUCUUCUUCUAAAGCCUUACUCCCCGACUGGCGUUCAGGUUUCCACGGUGGCUGACUGACCUCUCUUCCUUGUCGUAUCAAGGCUCGCCUUCUUUUUUCUGCUGUUGAGGACAAUGAUGUACUUGGUGUGUGUGUAUGUGUGUGUGCGUGUGUUUUUUUUUUCCAGACCUGGAACUAAUACCAUUUAAAACCCUAUUAAAAACCGUGUGGGAUUGAUUUAUGUUUGCUAGCACAAUAGCUCCCCGUUCAUCCUGAAACCCAAAAGGCAAUCCAGGCAGGCAGAAGCAAUCACGAAAGUCUUUGAUGGGAUUUUGAAUGCUAUUUGCUCCCAGAUCUGUGUUGUAUAUUGUAUAUGAUACACACUUUUGGACUCAUAUGUAAAUUUGCAUUAAUUGCUGACUAACAGCGAAAGAAUAUUCUAUUUAAUUCCUUCUCUCUUGGCUGUGGGAUCCUAGAUGUUUAACUGCAUGGAUGUAUUGUAUCUCUGCAGAGUCAACUAGCAGCUGUGUGAUUUUUACACAAAAAUAAAAACGGCACAAUAUUUUAAA